UUCCCUCUCAAUCCCCCCCCAUACACAGGCCGGCGCUUACACUAUGGUAGCUGCGACAUGACCCCCCCCGAUGCUGAAGGACAUUCACUGGCUGAGAAUCUAGCGCCUUGCAGCUAUUUCUCGUUGUAUAUUCUUCCCUGCCCCAGACAUAUGCUGCUGUGUUCUCCUGGUGUGCUCGAGCUCCUCCUACCGCCGACGGCUGCAUCAGGCCCGCUGCUCACGCAGGUCGGGGACAUUGUCAACCCUGCUGUCGCGCAGAUCGCCGCGCUCGCCGGCCAGCCCGUGAGCGCCAUCCUCGCAUCGGCCGGGGGCAUCGUUGACGCGACUGGCGUCACCAAGCUCAUCCAGCCGGUCCUCGCCACCACACCGGCGCGCUCAACUCGGUGCUCGCCAUCGCCAACUGGGUGCCGUUGCCGUCCUCCUAGCCGCUCCUCGCCUAGUGCUUGGUUUCACGAUGGCGCAAUUGCGGUCACGCUCGCUGCGGGCCAUCGGAAAGACUGCCGCGAAGGCCUUGUUUUACCCAAGACUGUCGUUCACGGUGAUGAACUAGGCGCUGUUGGGUACCCUGUGGACGGUAACGAGGGCCGAUGCGGCCUGUCGUAG